CACUCCCCUUCCGCUACCCUUGAUCUUCUCAUCUUCGUUCUUGUUCUCUUCUCUGGCACUUUCCUCAUAAUCUCCUACUUCUCUUACAUCUUCAAUUCCCUUUCCCUUCUUUUCCCCUACCCACUUACCCUAAACGUCGACGUUUUAACAACCCAGUACAUCUUUUACGCGUUCUUCUUCGUUGUUUUCUUCGUGAUGGUGAUUUCAUUCGAGAUCUGUUGUGGGUUUUUCGGGUUUUUUAGAUCGAGGAAAUGUGGGAAACCUGGGUGUAAAGGGUUGAGAAGGGCUAUGGAAUUUGACUUGCAAUUGCAGGGUGAAGAGUGUUUUUUAAGAUCUGGUGGGGCUGAUAGUAGUAGUAGUAGUAAAGCUGUGAGAGAGAUUAACGAGUUGCCUUGGAAAGGUGGGAGUGAGAAUAACCCGGAUUAUGAGUGUUUAAGGGCGGAGUUAAGGAAAAUGGCACCCCCCAAUGGACGUGCAGUGUUGUUGUUUAGGUCUAAAUGUGGGUGUCCUGUUGCUAAACUUGAAGGUUGGGGUGCUAAACGAGGGCGUCGCCAUAAGAAGACUCUGGCACUUAAUGGUAAAGCAGAUAAUCGCUGAAUGUUGAUCAUCGCACAUCGGGAUCUAAUUCGUUGCCUUCUGAAUUUGAGAAGCAUGGGAGAUUGAUAUUGUUGUUCAGAGCCAUUUUGGAAAAAAUCCCAUUGAUACUUACUUUAGAACAAUGCUCAAUGUGUACAAACUAUAGCCAGAACUUUUUCUUUCCUCAAGAAGCGUAUACCAUAGAACAUGAAUAUUAGAUUAUCAAAUAAGGGAUAACAUAUCUUUCCUCCCUCAUUA